AACAAGAGGCAAAAAAAGUACUCAAGAAAUAUCAGAGAGCCAGAGGCCCAGAGCUAGAGCAUCAGAGAGAAGGGAGGACCAGCUCCCAAGAAACUCUCACAAUCUCCAUGCUUCUUGCAGAGAUGAUGAGCAGCUCAGUGCUGUUCUUGCCAAGCUCCUCUCUGUUCCUCACAAAGCAGGUGACCACAAGCAAGGGCAGGGCGGCAGCAGCAGUAGCAGCUGUUAGGUGCAGCAGUAGGCCCAAUCUGUCAGAAGCACAUGAGGAGGAGGAGGAGGAUGGAGUAGCCUUGAUGGGGAGGAGGCAUGCAAUGGCUUCUGCUGCUGCUGCUGCCUGUGGAGUUUCAGUGUUUAGUUUUGCAGGUGAGAGCAUGGCAGUGAAGCAGGGCCUGCUGGCUGGGAGGAUCCCUGGUCUGUCUGACCCUGAUGAACAAGGUUGGAGAACAUACCGCAGGCCAGAUGACAAGUCUGGUGGACAUGGAGUUGGCUGGAGCCCAAUCAUUCCCUACGCCUUCAAAGUUCCUGAUGGCUGGGAAGAGGUCCCAGUGUCGAUUGCUGAUCUUGGUGGAACUGAGAUAGACCUGCGGUUUGCGAAUUCCAAGCAGGGAAGAUUGUUCGUCGUCGUUGCACCAGUUCGAAGAUUUGCAGAUCUCGAUGAUGCGACAAUCGAGAAGAUUGGUCCACCGGAGAAGGUGAUCGACGCUUUUGGGCCGGAGGUGAUCGGUGAAAAUGUGGAAGGGAAGGUUUUGUCCAUGGCAACUGCAGAGUAUUCAGGAAGAACUUACUACCAGUUUGAGCUGGAACCACCUCACAUCUUCAUCACUGCAACUGCUGCUGGAAACAGGCUCUACCUGUUCAAUGUAACUGCCAAUGGGCUGCAAUGGAAGAGGAACUACAAGGACCUGAAGCAAAUAGCUGAAUCAUUCCGCGUUGUGUAGAGUUUAAUUACAUUUGCUCACAGUAUCUGUGUGUGCAUACCAUAGAGUAAAUGAGAGAUGCUAUUGUUCAUAAUGCAGAGGGGUCAUAAGAAACAUCCCUUUCGAUUAUGAGUUGCAUAGCUGAAGC